ACUGCUGCGGCCGGAGGAGGGCUGCCCACGUGUCUCUCUAGACUCUGGCUUUGAGUUCCCCCAGCUCGCUUUACCCCCGCGAGCCAGGGCGCCCCCUUGCCCCGCUUUGGUAUCCUCCCACCAACACCCCCCCACCGCGAGAGUAAAUCGUCCUACACUUGGCCGCACUUGGUGGGCCAACUUGGCGGGGCAACUUUGUCCGGAGAGCGGCGCCGGGCGUGGUGGGGGGGGCGAGGGGAAACCGGGGCAUUGCGCAUGCGGAGCUCCAAAUUCAAACAGCUGUUUCCAGAAGCUGUAGGGCGCGUGGACUCGGAGCCGCAGGGGCUAGGGGAGCCUUUCUCCAGGAGGCGGCCGCUUGGGAGCCAUGGUGGACCGGGGCCCACUGCUCACCUCGGCCAUCAUCUUCUACCUGGCCAUCGGGGCGGCGAUCUUCGAGGUGCUCGAGGAGCCACACUGGAAGGAGGCCAAGAAAAACUACUAUACACAGAAACUGCAUCUGCUCAAGGAGUUCCCGUGCCUGGGUCAGGAGGGCCUGGACAAGAUCCUGCAGGUAGUAUCUGAUGCCGCAGGACAGGGUGUGGCCAUUACUGGGAAUCAGACCUUCAACAACUGGAAUUGGCCCAAUGCAAUGAUUUUUGCCGCCACGGUCAUCACUACCAUUGGCUAUGGCAAUGUGGCCCCCAAGACCCCUGCUGGGCGCCUCUUCUGUGUCUUCUAUGGUCUCUUCGGGGUGCCCCUCUGCCUGACGUGGAUCAGUGCCCUGGGCAAGUUCUUCGGGGGACGUGCCAAGAGGCUGGGCCAGUUCCUCACCAGGAGAGGCGUGAGCCUGCGGAAGGCGCAGAUCACUUGCACAGCCAUCUUCAUUGUGUGGGGCGUCCUGGUCCACCUGGUGAUCCCGCCCUUCGUGUUCAUGGUGACCGAGGAGUGGGACUACAUCGAGGGCCUCUACUACUCCUUCAUCACCAUCUCCACCAUCGGCUUCGGCGACUUUGUAGCCGGUGUGAACCCCAGCGCCAACUACCAUGCCCUGUACCGCUACUUUGUGGAGCUCUGGAUCUACCUGGGGCUGGCCUGGCUGUCCCUCUUUGUCAACUGGAAGGUGAGCAUGUUCGUGGAGGUCCACAAGGCCAUCAAGAAACGCCGGCGGCGGAGGAAGGAGUCCUUUGAGAGCUCUCCACACUCCAAAAAGGCCCUACAGAUGGCUGGGAGCACGGCGUCCAAAGACGUCAACAUCUUCAGCUUUCUGUCCAAAAAAGAGGAGACCUACAAUGACCUCAUCAAGCAGAUAGGGAAGAAGGGGAUGAAGACGAGCGGGACUGGGGAGAGGGUUCCGGCAGCGGGGCUGGGGCCUCAGGGGGGCGGGCUGCCAGCCCUCCCCACCUCCCUGGCCCCCCUGGUGGUUUACUCCAAGAACCGGGUGCCCAGCUUGGAAGAGGUGUCUCAGACGCUAAGGAACAAAGGCCAUGUGUCGCGGCCCCUCAGUGAGGAGGCUGGGGCGGGGCCCCCCAAGGAUGGCUCUCUGACCCCUGAGGUGUUCACUAACCAGCUGGACCGAAUCAGUGAGGAGGGGGAGCCAUGGGAUGCCCAGGACUACCACCCACUCAUCUUCCAGAAUGUCAGCAUCACCUUUACAAAUGAGGAAGCUGGCCUCUCAGAUGAAGAGACCUCCAAGUCCUCGAUAGAGGACAACCUGGUUGGGGAGGAGAGGCCUCAGGAGGGGGCCGAGGCCGAGGUGCCCCUGAACCUGGGCGAGUUCCCCUCAUCCGACGAGUCCACCUUCACCAGCACUGAGUCUGAACUGUCCGUGCCUUAUGAACAGCUUAUGAACGAGUACAAUAAGUCAGACUGCCCCAGAGGCACAUGAGGCAGGGCCGGCCCCCCACCCCACCUUCGAUGGCUUCCAUCUCCCUCAUCCUAGGGCGUCCUACUGUGUCUGGGACCUCUGUCCCCUGGUGGGGGGCAGCCCUGGAACUGGGAGUGGGGGGCCAGGGGCCUUCCUCACCUUCUAUCCCUUCCGGCUGGAUGCUCCUGGUCAAACAUGGCAUGUGCCCAGGACAGGGCCUCUGUUCUCCGGUUGAAUGGGCACCCUGGCAGUGGGAGGCAUCUGUCCUGCACAUGGCUGGUAUAUUUGAUGGUUCAGAGACCUGUGUGGGCUGGCAGGUGACCUUCAAGGAGGCCUGCACCUGCAUGGGACUACGUGCGUCAUUCGGUUGAAAAUGUCACACGGUUCUCUUAGUUUGGGGGCUUUGGCGGUUUGAGUUCCCCAGUAUUAAUGAGCUCCUGUGUGCCUAGCACUGAGCUAGGUAUUCCAGAAGGAGGCGGGGGAGGGCAUUGUGAGACCUGGGCCCUGCCUUUGAAGGAGGGACAGCUGUAGUGGGGGGCGGGGGUGCUGGGCAUCUCAGCUCCUCCACAGUAGUGGGACCCCAUAUGGGGCAACCUGUGUGACUGUCCCCCAAGCCCUCCUUGUCUGCCUUUCAGGCCUCUACUGCAAACCUCAGGAGGGGAGAGGGAAGGGAGAGAGGAGAUGUGGGGUAGGUGCUGAAACACUCCUCUGACAUAAGGGCCCCGGAGCAAGCUCCGAGUGUGGCCCAGGGUCCUUAUCCUUCCGGGUGCUUUGCUCAGACUGAGUCUCCCCAGGGCUCAGUUCCUUGACGCAGACACCCUUUGGCCAAGCAAUGGAGGACGUCGGCUUUCUUCAUCUCCGGAAGGUUGUGGGGAGAGGGUGGCGGUAGCCAGGGAGCUGCAGGAGUAAGCUCAGCUCCGGCCCCUCCUUUCCCCAGCCUCCCCGACUGGCUGGCUCCUCAUCCCCUGUGCCCAGAACAAGGACCUCAUGGCUCCCAGGCCCUCCUGGCCCCUCGCGGUUGGGGAGGGCAGGCGGAGGGGCAAGUUGCUCUUAGCUUAUAAGUGGGAAUGGCCAAAUCUGUGAAUCGGCUCCUGCCUGCAGCCACAGUUUAUCAUUUGUGUGUGUGCAUGUUUGUAGAUGUGUUUGAGAGAGGAUUGGGGAUGGGGAGGGGGAGCAAAAGAUAAUGUGAAACUGUACAGACUGUCUCUGGUGGGGGGCCAGCAGAGUUCUCUGUGAUGCAUGCCCAAGGGCCGGCCCUCUCUGCCCUGCGUCUUGUUAUUUUUAAAUAACUGCUGUUUUUACAUACCUGGCACCUGUUGUGGGCUUCAGAGCCAGAGGGGAGAGGAUGUGAAAGUGUAGCCUCCCAAGAAUUGGGAUGUUACACGUUCACGCUCCUACCCACAACUUGGCUGGGCCUUUCUCAAUGACCUCAGCCAAGGUCAUGCUGUCAAGAGUCCCCAUGCAGUGGCAACCCCUAAGCACGUGGGCAGCACAUCUGGGGAGAGGCAUCCGUCGUCACAGGAGACUGAUGCCAGCCAGGAGGCCAGUGGUCACCCUUGGCCCAAACACUCUGUCUGCCUCUCAGCCCACCCCCCAGUAUGGUGGGGCCGGACCCCACCCCCACAACAUGUGAAGCCGGUGAUGGGCGUGCGUGUCCACUCCCGCAUUCAUCCUGUGACCCACGGCUAUGCUGGCUGGGCGGCUGGGUGAGAAAGAGCGGCCUUCGGUGUUCUGUGAAUGUCUCAAGGGGUCCAUCUUCGUGUCCCUGCCCCACCUUGCUGGGGUGUCCCUGGCUGUCCUGGAAUCACACUGUAUGUACAUACUGGCAAUGAUGUCGAAUGUAAUUUAUUUUAACCUUUUUACAAUAAAGCCUGAGAUGGACAGCCCA